AGGUUCCUUUUUUUUUUUUAAUGGUCUUAAACGACCGAAAAUCGAUUGACGUCUGCAGAAGUGCAUGACCAUUAAUUUAAGGGAACAUGUCGGUGCUUUACGCUCACAAAAUGGCCCGUGGAGGCUAUUUUGGAAGAUUCUGGAAGCUGCUUUUUCUUUGGAGAGGAUCCGUUUACAAGUUGAUCUACUGUGACCUGCUUGUCUGGCUGAUGAUUUACGCGUCUCUAAGCAUCAUGAGACGAUACUUUCUUGGGGACAACGAGAUACUGAUAUUCGACAAGCUGUGCUUGUACUGCAACAAAUUCAGUGACCUUAUUCCGCUUCCGUUCGUGCUGGGAUUCUACGUGAGUCUCAUCGUCAACCGCUGGUGGAUCAUGUGGGACACGUUGCCCUGGCCUGACGACAUAGCCAUGUUCGUCACGGCGAUUCUCAAGGGUCAAGACGAACGUGCUCGACUUAUGCGAAGAACUAUCAUGCGUUACGUGAAUCUCGCUGGCGUCCACACCAUGGCUUUGUUCAGUGGCAGCGUCCGACGACGUUUCCCGACUCUGGACCAUCUCGUCGCCGCAGGUUUGCUUGAAGAGGGAGAGAAGCAGAUUUUUGAGGAGAUGUCCGGAAGGAUAACGAAGUUGUAUUGGAUGCCGCUGGUCUGGGCUACGGCCAUUGUAACGAAAGCGAGGAGGGAGAAGCUUAUAGAUGCCGACAUCUCCAUGAAAACUAUGAUCGACCACUUGUGCGAUUUCCGUCGCAAAUGCGAAAAGAGCCUUCACAUUGAAGUCAUCAACGUACCUCUCGUCUACACGCAGGUCGUCACCAUCGCAGUUUACGCGUACUUUUUGGCGAACUUGUUCGGGAGACAAUUCACCGGCGAGCGAGAUCAAGUCGAUGCUUACUUGCCAGUUUUCACCGUUUUUCAGUUUCUGGUUUACAUGGGAUGGAUGAAAGUCGCGGAGACUCUGAUAAAUCCGUACGGCGAUGACGACGAUGACUUCGAGCUCAACUGGUUGAUCGACAGACACUUGCAGGUCUCGUACAUGAUCGUGGACGAGAUGCACGCAACGCACCCCGAGCUCGUGAAAGACGCAUAUUGGGACGAGGUGUUGCCAAACGUGUUACCAAACGGAGAUGGCGCUGCACCACGCGUUGAGGCGCCACACUUCGCUGGCAGCUUCUGCGAUCUCACAUCGCGCAAGGUCAGUCCGUCCGUGCCGAACACUCCGGAGAUUCUCGUGGACAACAGCCUCAAGGUGCCGGAGUUCCGACUGAAGAAACCUCCAGCAUAUAAGCGGUUUCUGAGCAACUAUGCGGUUCGAGACGAGAAUUCCGGAUCCCACGGAGCACUCCACCGAAAAGACUCCCUUUCCGUUUCAAUGCAAAUCGGUCCUCUACCAAAGCGGUCCACGACGGUGUCGGACAAGAUGUACAAAUUUUUUUUCGACAGACCAUCCACCGGAAGCAGACAGUUCGUAGCACAAAAUGAAGUUAACAUGCCCCUCACGACAGUCAUGGAAGAUGAACCGGACAAACCUGAAGAGGAGAACCAUGAUCAAACUGAAAGCACAACCACGACCCCGAAUCAGAACUCAUCCACCACGACUCUACCUUUGUCCAUGUUCGGCAGCCACGGGUCAGGCUUGACGGAGGCCGUUUACGGUCAUCAAGGAAACAAAGAAAGUGUCGCGUGCGGAAAUCGUUUGAGAUCGGUCAGCUACAAUGUGGACACCAAUUCCGAGGGGGAUCAAUCUCCAGGGAUUCUGCUCAUGGUUCCUCAGUUGAAUAACCCCGCGAACACGGAGAACGAUAAAGGCGCUUGAGAAGGGAUCGUAUUGGGGACGAACGUGCGCAAGAGUACAAAAUGCAAAAUACAUACACCGGUUUCCCAAUGGCA